AUGUCUUUCGGAAGCUUCCCCACCGAUUCGCUCAUCCUGCCCACGAAACGCCGUUACUUUCCUUUCAAAAUCCCAAACUUCCAUCAUCAGCUCCGCCACUACAUAAGCACCGCAGAUCCCGAUCGUGUCUAUUUCGUCGCCCACAAGGUGGUCCACUCGAUCCACGUCAAGUCGCAGAGAUGGGAUACAAUUGAACGAAUCCCCUUUGAACCCAAAUGCCUUGCUGCUGCGUAUGGAUGGAUUGUCGUCGGAGGUUCCGAUAAUGGAGAAUGUGCUUUCAUCAGUCUUCCUGGCCGGGAUCCGCGCACCGCAAGUGACACAAGACCCGGACCCAGAACAGCAGACGUAGAUACCGCACUGCCAAUCGAGCUGGACGCAGAUACAAGACUGUCGGCAGCGGCGGCAAAUACUUCGGCAGAACAACGAGCAUAUACUGGGGCUCUAGAGAAUGGCAUUGAAUUGCCGGAAAUUUUCACCAAAACGUUGACCGGCAGUAUCGUGAACUCCGUCACAGUUCAUCGCCUUCCAGCCGACGAAAGACUCGGGUUUUCCCAUGAGGACAUUGCUGUGUUCAGUAAUAAUGACAAGACGAUCAAGAUCUUCUCUUUGACGCGGCGCCAACUCCUCGAAACAAAACAUCAUCCCAAAUGCAUGAACUAUGCCGUGAUUUCUCCAGACUCUAGUCUCCUGGCGGCCGUGGGUGAUGUGAACUUUGCCUACUUCUAUCGAAUCGUUCGAGACACAAACAGUAUCGAUUACGGCUGGGGAGGKGAGCGAUUAUCGGGUUGGGCGUGGGAUCUCUGCUGUCGGAUAGAGUUACCUCUGAGCACCGACUUGAACAUGAGCCCGAAUUUCGAUGACGGUAGCUGCUUUACCAUAGCCUUUUCGCCUUCGAGCCGCUUAUGUGCCAUUGGUUCACAGUCUGGUAUUAUCAGCAUUUACGACGUAAAUGUGCUUCUUGAAUGUGUCUCGGGGGCACAGGGCUGCGACGCCCGUGUAGCUUUGUUUCGGUCAUCCCGGACUGACUCCGCUGGCGCAGUACGCAGUAUGGCAUUUUCACCAGAGCCGUGGGAUCUUCUAGUGUGGGUCGAAGAUACCGGAAAGUUUGGCAUAGUUGAUAUUCGCUCAGGCUUCUUUCGUCGGCAAAUCGUGAAUUUGGAUAGAGAUGAUCCCGAGACGCAGAAAGUGCGACCUAUAUAUAAUUCACCAUACCUGAUACGCUCAGAAAGUGAAGAAAAUGAACUCGGUACGAGAGACGAGAUGGGCAAUGUCCACCAAGCGGUCUUAGAUUUGCUAAACGGAACGUCGUUAACAGGAUUGAAUACCAGCACCUCAGAUAGAGUCACCUCCUUGCGCGAAAGUGUUCAAUCGCUCACUGAAAGGGAACGACAGAUUAUUGAGUUUCUCAACACGGCCCGAUCGUCAUCUAGACAAGAAAGUGAUGCAGAUGAUCGGGCACCAAGUACCGACAGUCAUUCACGGCAACACGCCACCGCAUCAUCCCUAGGAGGUGCUACUGACAACGCUGAUCACCCUUCUCGUACUACCUCGCCGUUCCGCUCUACGGAUGCCGCGCUUCAGGAGCUCUUUCGCGAGCAUUACCCUGGACGGGUUGGUGCCACAGAGCGAAGCUUUGGCCAAAGACGUCGUGCGUCCAUUGUGAUCUCGCAACCCAGUCAAGGUACAGGCCCGGCGCCCCACGCUCAAAGCGGCGACGAGGGCAAUAACAAUGCCAUAUCUGACUUUCAGUUGCGACUCAGAUGGACGACAUCGCCCACAAGAUUGCAGUCAUCAGAUGGCACUUCACAUAAUAACGGUGCUAGUCUUGAACAUGAGUUGGAAAACAAUGGAUCGAGCGCUGACAACGGUCAGACGAUUUCGAGUGCUGGAGCAGAGGUUUGGAAUAUAGCUUAUCCUGAUGAAGAACUACCAACGGAAGCGUGGCAAACGUCACAACGGUCAAGAUCCAUUCCUCGUCGGAUUCCGCGUCCUGGUACUACAACAGAAAGUCGGUAUGAUGCACAGCGCGCCUCAGCAGCAGAAAUGCGGGCCAGUGUAGCAGCAGAACGACUGCGACGGCAACGGCUUGCGGCUAACGAGGKAUGCUUUUUUUCCUUUUUUAUCAUUCAUUCGUUCCCCGAGAUGGAUUAG